UAUUUUUAUGCAAAUACUGUGCAGAAAGUUUCUAUUGUUUAUGGCUGCCUUCUCACAUGAGUGAAAACGCUGUUCAGGUUGGCCGGUGUACAGAGACAAAGAGCAGUAGAAAGAACACACAUAAAAAUUAUUGGACAUUAUAAAUAACUACAAAAUUCAAUACAUAACCAGUACCUUGCUUGUGGGCUUGCUGUGCAGAAACAGUCAUAUUAAUAGGCAAAAAUGGCCGAUAAUCUUUCUUCUGUAAUCACAGUUGAUACUGUCAAUCCAGCUUUCAAGAGAAUAGAUUACCCUAUUAGAGGACCACUAAGUUUACGGUGUAGUGAGAUCGUCGAAGAGCUCUCUCAGGGUAUAAAGAAACCAUUUGAUAAAGUUAUACAACAUGUUGGAGAUCCACAGGGACUACAAGGACAAAAGCCUAUUACAUUUGUGAGACAGGUUUUUUCUUUGUUGAUGUGCCCAGAGAUCCUAAUGAGUGAUCCAAGGUUUCCCCAAGAUGUUAAAAACAGAGUUAAAGAAAUACUUAGUCACAAAACUGGUAACACAAUGAGUUCAUAUACCAGUUCACAAGGGUUAUUGGUAAUAAGGAAGCACAUCGCAGAGUACAUGUUCAAAAGAGAUGGUUAUCCGUCUGAUCCAUCGAACAUUUUUAUGACAAAUGGAGGAUCAGUAGCAAUUCAAAUCGUCAUGAGCGCCCUAAGAACAGGCAUGGAUGGUGAUAAAAGAGAAGGCUUCAUGUGUCCUAUACCUCAAUACAGCUUGUAUGCGGCUAAGAUAUUGGAACAAAAUUCAUAUAUGAUUCCCUAUUACCUAGAUGAGGACAAUGACUGGCAGCUGAAUAUAGACGGUCUGAAAAAAGCUUUGGACGAUGCUAGACCCUAUUGCAUUCCAAGGGCACUAGUCUUAAUAAAUCCAGGAAAUCCAACAGGACAAGUGUUUUCAUACAAAGCAAUCCAAGAGGCAAUUAAAUUCUGUCACGAGAACCGACUUGUACUAUUUGCAGAUGAGGUUUACCAGGAAAACAUCUACACAGAUGAAUUCCCCUUUUAUUCAUGUAAAAAAGUUUUGCAUGACAUGGGCCAUGAGUAUAAAGACUUGCAGCUCAUAUCUUUGCACUGUAGUGCGAAAGGAUACAUUGGAGAAUGUUGCUGCAGGGGUGCAUACUUUGAAUUACAUGGUUUCGAUAAAGAAACGAAAGGUCUAUUUCUUAAUAAGCUGACAAUGAGCGCUUGUCCUAACAUUUAUCUCAAGGUUGCGAUGAGUCUGAUGUGUAAACCACCACAGCCUGGAGAAGAAUCUUACGACCUGUUUAUCAAGGAGAGAGACACUAUUUUAGAGUCUUUACGCCAAAAAGCUGUGAUGACGACCAACAUCCUCAACUCGUUGCCGGGAAUUAAAUGCAACAAAGUUACAGGUGCAAUGUACGCCUUUCCUAGAAUUAUUCUUCCCCCAAAGGCAAUCAACGAAGCAAAGCGCCUUGGUGUAGAACCGGACUAUUUUUACGUUUCAAAUAUUCUUGAAAACACCGGCAUAUUCGUCGUGCAUGGAAGUGGCUUUGGACAGAAGGAAGGAACUUCACAUUUCAGGAUAACAAUCAUUCCUCCACUGGAAGAAACGACACUUAUGUUUGACAGGUUUAAUAAAUUCCAUCAAGAGUUUAUUAGCAAGUACAGUUAGAAAGCAAAACUUAGUUUUAUUCAGUAGCACAUGUAAGAUAAGUGUUUGUAACUGUCUUUCGACGGUGAGAUAAUGAAUUGUUUGUGUAGGUGGCUGUUGACUCGAAAGUUUUUACUACUACAACAGCCACACACACAUAUAAUAUUUUUGACUGCUUAUUUAU